GUAGGAAUAUACAUGUUAACAUGUAAUGAUAUUGAAAUUGGAUGCUCUACAUAUACUAUUAUAUGUAUGCAUGUCAGUAUACAAACAAUUAAACUUGAUAGUAAAAUCUAACAAAAGUGUUAUCAUCCAGCAUACCGUACUUAAUCAGUCUUUAAUAACAUUUGGCAUUCGUCGGAAGGCAAAUAUUUUUCUUCGAAGCAGCAACAUUUGAUGGGAUCACAUAUGAUACGAAAUUCGUUAUCAUGAGUAGGGUGCACUAUCAGUGAUGUUAUAUACAUAUUUAAGGUUGUUAGGAUGCUUGUCCUUCGGAUAUUAUCAAUGUAUACAUAGUGAUAACGAGUUGUUUAUUUCACAGUCGAGUUUUUAAGCAUUUGCUUGAUUGUGUUACCAAUCAACCAUAUUUACAUUAUGGAUCGCUUUAUGGACAUUUAUGGAUUAAAUACAACAAGUGAAUCGCCGCUAGUAUUUUAUCCUAACUUGCCAGACUACAUAUUAUAUCUGACAGUUGUUAGCUGCAUUUUGUCUCUUAUUGGAUCAUUAAAUAUCCUUUUGGCUUAUAUCUAUGUCCCAGAUAUUCAAAAUUUCGCACGAAAACUAUUUGUAUAUCUUACGGCAGCCAACUCAUUGGAUAACUUUGGUGUAAUUAUUGGACUCAUACGUUAUUUUAUCAUUAACGACGACACGAGAGCGUUUGUUGGUUGGAAUUCUAUAAAAUUGUUGGACAUCUGUGUUUUUCAAGCGCUCGUGACGUCAUAUGCUCCGUCUGUGUCAUUCUUUUGGACCACCAUGAUCGCAUUUUACAUUUUUAUGCAAGUGGAAUCUCCGAAGACUGCAAAAGCAAUGUCUAAAAACUCAUGUCUUUUGUUAUAUCAUGUCAUUGGCUGGGGAUUACCAGCAAUACUGUGUAUGGUCCCAUUAUACUAUGACGUCUAUGGUGAGAACUUUUCAACAUACACUGGACCAUGGUGUUGGAUAAGAUCGGGUUUAACACGUAAAGAGACCGUCACCUGGAUGUUUGUUUCAGUGAAGGGAUGGGAAUUCUUUACAUAUCUUGUUACAGCCGCUGUGUUUAUGUUGAUACUUUGGACAAGAUAUAAAAAGAAACGGAAUCCUUUCACAGUUAACGAUGCAAGUUACAAUUCUCUGUUUCCUAGCGACAGAUUCUUGAUGUAUACGUGGCUAUUGCUCGUGCUGCUACGACUGCCAGGCAACAUUCGAUUGGCUUUAUUGCUGAAUAAUCCAACUGGUAAUUACCCGGGGAGAACAUUACUGAUGACAAUUCAAUCAACGUUGGAUGCAUCACAAGCGUUCACCAAUUUUGUGUGCUUCUUUUAUUUUGAGAAAAGAAUUUUAGCAUUCCUUUACAGGUGCAGAUGCAAAUGCCGUGACAAGGAAAAAAAUUAUGGGACACUGAUGAAUGCGUAAAUAGAUAAAUUAGACUAAAAUACAGUGUGUUGCAUAUGCCAUUAAUUUAAUGUUUUACUUGUGGUGUAAAGCUGAAUUAUUACAACAAAAGGUUACAUCGCCAAAUAGUCUAAUUUAUAAUUGUAUUUUCACAUCACUGGUAUUUGUUAAGAAAGCAAAGACUUGAACUAGUCUCUUAAAAUCUUAAAUUUUAAAGUAGUUGAGGAUAUAUUUAGUCAGAUCAAUCACAAUAAUACUUUAUUAUUUUCAUAUAGUUAAAGUGCAAUCUGACUAAAGUACUUCUCCAAUUAACGCUAGGCUUUGGAUCUGAAGAUGCAAUUGAUAAACUCGUUCUGACGACCCUUCCACUAGCCAAUCAGAGCCUUGCUUUCAUAUAUCUUGAAAGUGAAAGUAGAAGUUUAAAAGUCUAUAUUUAGCCUGGGUUUUUCAUAUUUACAAUUCUUAUGACAACCACAUCAUGACUGCGCCCUCGUGUUUUGAAACGGUACGGACUUGGUCACGUAAGGUGUCAGGCAGUCGGGUAGCUCAGUCGGUAAAACACUCGUCCUGUAAGCGAGGGGUCAAGGGUUAGAGCCCCGAACUGACUGCAAAUUUUUCUCACCUUUGACAUUUGACGCCAUUUUGAUGAUUUAGCCAAAUGCUUGUUGAAACGAGUCGUCUGAUAAAAAAGUCGUUCAAAUAAAAAAAAAUAAAUAUGCGAAAAUAAAAAUAGCAGCAUUGGAAAUCUAUUAAGAAGAUCAUGUAGUUUACCCAGAUUGGUUAAAGUGAUAAGUACUUUCAGUUUAUAUUUAUGUAUACUUUUAGAAACUUAGUUGCAUUUUGAUCGUUGUACAUUCCAUUAGCUAUUCAUCAGCUAUUAUUAUUUAAAACAUCCAUGAAUGUCUCUAAGCUAAAUUUAGAAUAGUGACAGAGAUUAUGCAAAACAUGAUGCGGUCAUAGCUGUUCUUUUUUUUUUAAAUAGAUGUUGGACACCUGAUCAGAAAGUGGCUGACCAGUUAGAUUGUAUUCAUGUUACAUAUUUUAUGAAAGAAAAAUGCAUUCUGAGAAAGAUUACCUCAGUAUAAAAUCGGAACCAUUUCUACAAUGUAAAUUAUUUUGUAUUUUUUGUAUACAUGUAUCAAAUUGUUAGGGUUAAGCAGUCAAUAAUAAUUCAUUUUUGACUUUGUAUUAUCUAUUUGUUCUUUUCGCUCAUCUAAACUAAAAUUUAUAUUUAGAUCACCUUUUAAAAUGUUGGUUUGAAAAGUUAAGUAAUUUGAAACUUAUUUUUCAUUCAUUUUGCUAUAUUAUCCCUUUCUUAAUAAUGGGUGAUAAAAUAGUUUAUUGAUAGUAAACAGAAUAUUUACAAGCAUUUAAACGAAUGUACAGAAUAUCCAGUCAGGCUAGUUAUUUUUAUUCUACGCAUCUGUGUUGUCAUGAGAUCGUUUAAAAAGAGUCAGUCCGGACGUAAAUAUAUUUUAAUCCCAUAUCACAUUAAUUUAUCACAUCUCAAUUGUAACUAUCAAGCAUCAGAGUUAAAAUUUUACGUCAACUACUAGUAUGUCCGGUGUAUCAUGGUUGUGAAUUACGUCAACUUAUGCGAAGAUAGCUAAGUUAAAAGAAACCGAUUCUUAAUCAUUUCAGAUGCUUUCAAUUUUUAUAUUAUUUCUGUUAAAUUAUAAAAAGAUUUUAUUAAUGACAUGGUUUAUUUGGUGUUUAUCUCUAGUCCCAUAUUUUGUGGGAGAGUGAUUAAAAGAACACAUCAAAUUA